GUUUACUUUUUAACAGUAACAGUGCGGUUUCUGCCGAUUAAGUCGUGUGGUGUUAAUCACGGGAUUUAUUUAAAGGUCCGAACGGAGUGAAAAUAACAUCUGAAGAGACUUUUAUCUUCCUCUCUUCCUAUAACUGAGAGCCAGCCACUGAAUUUUAGAAUGCAUUUGGUGGCACUUCUCUUCAUCUCUGCGCUCCCUGUGGCUGCCUUUGCCCUCGACAAUGGAGUGAUGAGGACCCCUCCCAUGGGCUGGUUGGCAUGGGAGCGAUUCCGCUGUGACAUUGACUGUGAACAUGACCCCAAGAACUGCAUCAGUGAGAAUCUGUUCAUCGACAUGGCAGACAGACUCGCAGAGGAUGGCUGGAGGGAGCUUGGGUACGUCUAUGUGAACAUAGACGACUGCUGGUCCUCCAUGGAGAGAGAUGAGAAGGGACGACUGCAGCCUGACCCUAAAAGGUUCCCUGGAGGCAUCCCGAAACUGGCCCGCUACCUGCAUGACAGGGGUCUCAAGCUGGGGAUCUACGGGGACAUGGGCACACACACCUGUGGGGGCUACCCCGGUACCCCACUGGACAAGAUCGAGAUAGACGCUCAGACCUUCGCUGACUGGGAGGUGGAUAUGCUUAAAUUUGACGGCUGUUAUUCUAAUGCCACAGAGCAGGAGCAGGGUUACCCUCUCAUGUCAAAGGCUUUAAAUGCUACGGGCCGUCCCAUUGGCUACUCCUGCAGUUGGCCUGCCUACCAGGGUGGCCUGCCACCUAAGGUAAACUACACACAGCUGGGAAAGAUCUGCAACUUGUGGCGUAACUAUGGCGACAUCCAAGACACUUGGGACAGUGUCCUGAACAUUAUUGACUGGUUCUUCGAAAACCAGGAUGUCCUGAUACCUGUAGCAGGACCUGGAAUGUGGAACGACCCUGAUAUGCUGAUUGUUGGUGACUUUGGCCUCAGCAUGGACCAGUCUCGUACUCAGAUGGCUCUGUGGGCGAUUAUGGCAGCUCCUCUUUUCAUGUCCAAUGAUCUGCGCACUAUCAGCAGCGGGGCCCGCAGCAUCCUGCAGAACAAGAUGGCCAUCAGCAUCAACCAGGACCCCAUGGGCAUCCAGGGAAGACGCAUUGUAAAGGAGAAGAGUGGCAUUGAAGUGUUCUGGCGUCCCCUGUCAAACAAUGCCAGUGCAUUGGUGUUCUUCAGUCGCCGUAAUGACAUGCCCUACCGCUACCAGACUUCCCUCAGCAAACUCAACUACAGCGCUGGCAUCUACAAGAUCUUUGAUGUCUUCACUGGAAAUCCUGUGACGCUGAAAGACUCCACUGACUUUGUGGUGUCAGUGAACCCCACAGGUGUGGUCAUGUGGUACGUGUCUGCGCCCGCCAAACUGAACCUCCGUCAAUUCUACAAAGGUGGCAAACUCCAGAGCUUUGCAGACUAUGAUGAUGAAAACGCCAUUCCUCGUGUCUUUCUCUGACCACUUACUGAUUGAAUUUCAUCAUCUAAUAAUCACGUCGCUGUUUCUGCCUCAAUGCAGGGGCUCUUCAUAAAGUGUGAAAUUACAAGACUUCACUUGUACAUCAUCAGGUGCUCAAAGGAUUUUAUUCUCUGCUUAGCCAUGAUGUGCCAAUUAAUAGCUCUAAAUUGUGCUAUCUUAAAAGCAUGGCUAUCUAUUCUAAGUCAUGAAAUCACUGCAAGCUCAGGGACAGCUAUUUUGUCACUAAUCUGAAAUUCUUCUCUCAGGUUCUGCACUUACAACGUCAAACUUGAUCAAGUGAAAAGGUUAAAAAUAAAGCACACUUCCUGUUAUAGUGAGAAAAGCAAUGAUCUGGGACUCAAGCAAAGUGUUUCUGUACUAUCUCAGUUGGGAUUGGCAGAACUGAAAAACUGAUCAUACAUCAGCACUGCGGCUCAGACAGAAGCUUCCACUGCUCUUGUCGAAACCUUUCCUAUAAGGAAGCAGGAUAAUCUUAUGAUGUCUUGAACAAGGAAGCAUGAUGAACACUGCUGCCUUGCUAGCUUUUCUGAAUGUUUAUACUUGCAAUAAAUUUGUGGAAGGAUCACUGCUUUAGUCUUUCAAAAAUCCAGAUGUUUCACUCAGGAUGCUUGUCAUGAAUGUGUGGUGAAGGUUAAAUUAUUAUUAUUUUUUUUAAAGAAUGAUUCAGGGAAUUGUGUGUUUUCGUCUUCACUGAUGUUCAUAAAUUUAGUUCACUUUUCAAUCAAAAA